AUGCUGCUGCGCUCGCAGAGCAGAAGUGCACUAGCGACACAUCAGCAAAAAUUUGAUUCAAUACCAGACGUGCGGCCCUACCCGCGGAUCCUGUGCCGUGCUUGGGAAGUUACUGCUGAAGGGCGCUGCGUGCUAUCACGCGACGUCGAGAAAAGCGAGCGUAAUGUAGAACACCACAAUAUGGUUCCUGUAUGGACUGUGCUGCGGAGGGCCGUGCUAGGUGAAAAGCAUGCGCUUUUCAUGCAUGCAGGACACUGGCUAUUCGGCUAUUCUUCGCGCUCCGCGAAUGCGACAUCUCUUGACGUUGAGAGGCUCUAUGCCAGUGGUGUUCCCGCCGUGUACUCGUUCACAGCCGGGGGUGCUUGUGGAAGUUCCGGUGAAAGCUGGAGGGACGGCGAGUGGUGCACGUUCACACAGGAGAGAGUGUGCACUUGGGAGGCGCACGUCAACAGUGUACUACGCGCUGAUUUUGCAUCAAGUAUGCGCAGGUCUCGCGGACCAUGCCCAAGAAUCUUCCGCGGUGCGCACAUGUUUGUCUGUAAGGUGGCGGAGUUGUGUCACAAGUGA